AAUUGGUUCCUGCAACCUUUCUGCGUUGUGACCCCCUGCUUCCUAGGACGAACUUCUGCGGGCGCCUGCUUUCAGUUUCCCGCUUCGGAAAGGACAGAGCUUGGGCUGAGCUUCUGUGGUCGUGGACCCAGACCCGGACCCGGACCCGGACCAUCGUUUGCAGGAAAAGCCCGAACUUCAGCGCGGGGUGAGAGAGCAGGGCGCCGGCAUGGCUAAAACCACGGCCAUCGGUAUCGACCUGGGCACCACCUACUCAUGCGUGGGAGUGUUCCAGCACGGCAAGGUGGAGAUCAUUGCCAACGACCAGGGCAACCGCACCACCCCCAGUUACGUGGCUUUCACGGACACGGAGCGGCUCAUCGGGGAUGCGGCCAAGAACCAGGUGGCGCUGAACCCGCAGAACACUGUGUUUGACGCCAAGCGGCUGAUCGGCAGAAAGUUUGGCGACCCGGUGGUGCAGUCGGACAUGAAGCACUGGCCUUUCCAGGUGAUCAACGACGGGGACAAGCCCAAGGUGCAGGUGAGCUACAAGGGGGAGACCAAGGCGUUCUACCCCGAGGAGGUCUCCUCUAUGGUCCUGACCAAGAUGAAGGAGAUCGCUGAAGCGUACCUGGGCUACCCUGUGACCAAUGCUGUGAUCACCGUGCCGGCGUACUUCAACGACUCGCAGCGCCAGGCCACUAAGGACGCAGGGGUGAUCGCGGGUCUGAACGUGCUGAGGAUCAUCAAUGAGCCCACCGCUGCCGCCAUAGCCUACGGCCUGGACAGGACGGGCAAGGGUGAGCGCAAUGUGCUAAUCUUUGACCUGGGUGGGGGCACCUUUGACGUGUCCAUCCUGACCAUCGAUGAUGGCAUCUUUGAGGUGAAGGCCACGGCCGGCGACACCCACCUAGGAGGAGAGGACUUUGACAACAGGCUGGUGAACCACUUCGUGGAGGAGUUCAAGCGGAAGCACAAGAAGGACAUCAGCCAGAACAAGCGAGCUGUGAGGCGGCUGCGCACGGCCUGUGAGAGGGCCAAGAGGACCCUGUCAUCCAGCACCCAGGCCAGCCUGGAGAUCGACUCCCUGUUUGAGGGCAUCGACUUCUACACAUCCAUCACCAGGGCUCGGUUCGAGGAGCUGUGCUCCGACCUGUUCCGCAGCACCCUGGAGCCAGUAGAGAAGGCUCUGCGCGACGCCAAACUGGACAAGGCCCAGAUCCACGAUCUGGUCCUGGUGGGUGGCUCCACCCGCAUCCCCAAGGUGCAGAAGCUGCUGCAAGACUUCUUCAAUGGGCGUGACCUCAACAAGAGCAUCAAUCCCGAUGAGGCGGUAGCCUAUGGGGCUGCGGUACAGGCAGCCAUCCUGAUGGGGGACAAGUCUGAGAAUGUGCAGGAUCUCCUGCUGCUGGACGUGGCUCCCCUAUCCCUGGGCCUGGAGACGGCUGGGGGCGUGAUGACUGCACUGAUCAAGCGCAACUCCACCAUCCCUACGAAGCAGACGCAGAUUUUCACCACCUACUCGGACAACCAGCCAGGGGUGCUGAUUCAGGUGUACGAGGGCGAGAGGGCCAUGACACGCGACAACAACUUGCUAGGGCGCUUCGAGCUGAGUGGCAUCCCACCGGCCCCUCGGGGCGUGCCCCAGAUUGAGGUGACCUUCGAUAUCGAUGCCAAUGGCAUCCUGAACGUCACUGCCACAGACAAGAGCACUGGCAAGGCCAACAAGAUAACCAUCACUAACGACAAGGGCCGCCUGAGCAAGGAGGAGAUCGAGCGCAUGGUGCAGGAAGCUGAGAAGUACAAAGCCGAGGAUGAGGUCCAGCGUGAGAGGGUGUCUGCCAAGAAUGCACUGGAGUCGUAUGCCUUCAACAUGAAGAGUGCUGUGGAGGAUGAGGGGCUCAAAGGCAAGAUCAGCGAGGCAGACAAGAAGAAGGUGCUAGACAAGUGCCAGGAGGUGAUUUCCUGGCUGGAUGCCAAUACCCUGGCAGAGAAGGAGGAGUUUGAGCACAAGAGGAAGGAGCUGGAGCAGGUGUGUAACCCCAUCAUCAGCGGACUGUACCAGGGGGCGGGUGGCCCUGGGGCUGGUGGCUUUGGGGCUCAAGUCCCUAAGGCAGGCUCUGGUUCUGGCCCCACCAUUGAGGAAGUGGAUUAGGGCCCUACCUUUCCCCCCAUAUUUGUCUCUGCAGCAGAGGUGACUCAAGGAUCUUGCUGUUGCCUCAAAUUUUUGUUAACUAUCAAUUGUGUUCUACUUCAGUUCAGUCUGAAGUGAGGUGUAAUAUGAUUGAUUUGUCUGUUUUUAUUACUUGCAAUAAUACCACCAAUGUGUUCUCUAGAAUUCUUUGCAUUUAAUGUAACUCGAUACUCUGGAAUGUCUGUUUUUCUCCUCAAUGAUCAAUUCUGCUACCCUUUGUGUGUGUGUGGGGGGGGGAGGUGGGGGGGGUUGGCCUUUAAAGACAAGUUUGAGUGCUGGCCUGCAAACUGUAGGGUCUCCAGCUGAUUCCCAGUCAGGGCACAUGCCUGGGUUGGGUGCUAGAUCCCCAUUGGGGACUCGCAAAAGGCAUCACACACAUUGUCUCUCCCUCUCUUCCUUUCUCCUCUCUGUAAAAAUAAAUCUUCAAAAAAAUCUUAA